AUGUUCAGAGCUGUGACAAGACACAAGUGGGCCGUCCUGCUGGGCGGUGUUGCAGGACGGGGGCCCGUCUGGGCUGUGAACACACAGAGAAGACCCAUAUGGGACGACUACGGGGACAGUGGGACUACAGGUCCUGAAGCGGUUGCUGCCGCGGCAGCGGCAGCGGCUGCUGCACCGGACCGUGCAAAGGUGCUGCAGCGGUUACAGGAUACGAAGUUCGACGUACUCGUCGUCGGCGGCGGGGCCACGGGUACUGGGGUCGCUUUGGAUGCAUCUCUGCGUGGGCUGAAAGUUGCACUGGUAGAGAAAGCGGACUUCGCCGCGGGGACGUCCUCCAAAUCGACGAAACUGGCACACGGAGGUGUGCGGUACUUGGAGAAGGCCGUGUUCGAGUUGUCGAAACCGCAACUCGACCUCGUCGUCGAGGCUCUCAACGAACGUGCACAUUUGCUGUACGCGGCACCACACCUCACCAAGAUCCUACCGAUCAUCAUACCUGUGUACGAGUACUGGAAGGUACCCUACUUCUACGCAGGGUGCAAAAUGUAUGACUUCUUCGCCGGCGCGCAGAACCUCAAGUCCUCGUACUUGCUCUCCAGGGAGAACCUUAGCCACAUCGCACCGAUGCUUGACCAGAAGAAACUCAAAAUGGGGCUAGUGUACCACGAUGGGAUCUUCAACGAUUCGCGGCUGUGCGCCACGCUCGCCAUCUCUGCGGUGGAACGCGGCGCUACCGUGGCUAACUACGUCUCAGUGGAACAAUUGAUCAAGGACAAGACAACGGGGGUCAUCACGGGCGCCAAAGUGGAGGACCAAGAAACUGGGGGGACUUUCACGGUCAACGCUAAGAUCGUAGUCAACGCCACGGGCCCCUACAGCGACAAAAUCCUCCAAAUGGACGCUAACCCACAGGGACUACCCGAGAAGGAACCGGAAAAGGCGACACCAGAGAACGCUCUUAUUGCAGUCAGAAACCCAAAGAUGGUUGUCCCAUCAAGGGGGGUCCACAUCACACUCCCAUCCUUCUACUGCCCUUCUGAGAUGGGUCUCCUAGAUGCAAGUACCUCCGACGGGAGAGUCAUGUUUUUCCUCCCAUGGCAGGGGAAAGUCAUCGCAGGGACCACAGACAUCCCUCUGAAACAGGUGCCCAGGGAUCCAUCCCCCACAGAAGCAGACAUCCAGGAUAUCCUCCAAGAACUGCAACACUACAUACAGUUCCCGGUACGCAGAGAGGACGUGCUCAGCGCCUGGGCAGGGAUCAGACCGCUUGUCAGAGACCCUCGUGUCGCCGAGGGAUCCGCAGGAAGCGGCCAGACUGAGGGGCUUGUCAGGUCCCACUUCAUCUUCACGUCACCUACCCAACUCGUCACCAUUGCAGGAGGGAAAUGGACCACCUACAGAGAGAUGGCUGAGGAGACAGUCGACGAGGUGAUCAAAGUGGGGAAAUUCCAAGGACUGAAACCAUGCACCACAAGAAAGACGAAGCUAAUCGGUGCGCAACACUGGAACUUAAACUUCCAAGCGUACUUGCAACAGAGGUACGCACCUCUAGAGGACUCCCUCGCCGAACACCUGGCAAACAACUACGGAGACAGAGCACCAAUCAUCUGCGAGAUGUUUGAGGCGGAUAAGUCUAGUAAACUUCCAGUGGGACUGUAUGGCGACGGCGACGACAAAGUGAAGAACAUGGAUGCAAACGCGUUUGACUACCCUUUCACCAUCGCGGAACUGAAGUACUGUAUUCGCUUCGAGUACGUCAGAACGGCACUGGACUUCUUGCUGAGAAGAUCUAGAUUUGCGUUUCUUGACGCCAGAGAGGCACUGAACGCAGUCGACCCAACGGUCAAUCUGAUUGGUGACGAACUCGGCUGGGAUGCCGAGAAGAGAGCUGCUGAGUCCGCGAAAACAAAGGCUUACAUCAAGACUUUCGGUGUCUGA